AUGAGAGAGGUUGAAGAUGCAAAGGCGGUUGGUGAACAGGAGGAAAAGGAACAGGAAGAGGAAGAAGAAGCAGCAGAAGAAGAAGAGGAGGAGGAAGAAGAGGAGGGGGAGGGAGUCGGAAGUCUGGUAUCUGGAACUCAGCGCUGGAGAGUUUGGAACUCUGGCUGUGACUCUUUAGAUGUCCUCCUUUACCAGCCCCCUGAAUUUCGCGGCCACCCAUCUCUCCUCUCCCCCUCUUUUACUGCCAGAUUCCUCCAUGAUGAGGCUGUGACACGCAUAGAGAGUAAUAACCAUGACUUCUGGCUACCACUAUCCUCUCUGUGA